UUCUUCAUCUUCCCCAACUCAUCACUCUCUUUAGCGAAAGCGAAAUCGGCAUCGUCCUCUUCCUCGUCAGCUCCUCCCUCCACCCCCCUUCCCUUUUCUGUGGCUGCGGUUGGCGCCGCGUGCGGGGGACGAACCUUUGUUUUGCCCUUCGCCCGCGCCAGAGGGUGCGCUCCUUCUCUCUCUCUAUAUAUAGACUCGGUGAAAGUUUAGAGAGAGCAGAGAGAGAGAGAGAGAGAGAGAGAGAGAGAGGGUGAGAGGGUGAGGGGUUUAGGAGCAAGGAUUAGGGUUUAGAGAGGACAUGGCGAAGAGUUCGGUGGAGAGGCACCAGUCGAUCGACGCGCAACUGAGGCUCCUCGCGCCGGCGAAGGUGUCGGAGGACGACAAGCUCAUCGAGUACGACGCGCUCCUCGUCGACCGAUUCCUCGACAUCCUCCAGGACCUGCACGGCGAGGCUCUCCGAGAAUUCGUGCAAGAAUGCUAUGAGUUAUCGGCAACUUAUGAGAGCGCAAGCGAUUUUGCGAAGCUGGACGAGCUAGGGAAAAUGUUGACUAGUUUGAGUCCUGGCGAUUCGAUUGUCGUCGCGGGCUCAUUCUCGCACAUGCUUAAUCUGGCCAAUUUGGCCGAGGAGGUCCAGAUCGCAUUUAGGAGGAGGAACAAGCAGAAGAAGGGUGAUUUGGGCGAUGAGGCCUUAGCUAUUACGGAGUCCGAUAUCGAAGAGACCCUUAAACGGCUUGUUCAAGAUUACAACAAAUCGCCGGAGGAGGUAUUUGAUGCCCUUAAGAACCAGACGGUCGACCUGGUUUUCACUGCUCAUCCAACUCAGUCGGUCAGGAGAUCAGUGCUUCAAAAGCAUGCGAGGAUAAGGAAUUGUUUGACUCAACUGUGUGCUAAGGACAUCACUGCUGAUGAAAAAUAUGAGCUUGAUGAAGCUCUUCAGAGAGAGAUUCAAGCUGCUUUCAGAACUGAUGAGAUCCGAAGAAUACAACCUGCUCCACAGGAUGAAAUGCGGGCUGGGAUGAGUUACUUUCAUGAAACUAUAUGGAAGGGUGUGCCAAAGUUCUUGCGUCGUGUCGAUACGGCUCUGAAGAACAUUGGGAUUAAUGAACGUCUCCCUUAUAAUGUGCCUCUUAUUCAAUUUUCUUCUUGGAUGGGUGGUGAUCGCGAUGGAAACCCCCGAGUUACUCCUGAGGUUACAAGGGAUGUAUGCUUGCUGGCCAGGAUGAUGGCUGCAAAUUUGUACUAUUCUCAGAUAGAAGAUCUAAUGUUUGAGCUGUCUAUGUGGCGCUGUAGUGAUGAACUCCAUGUUCGUGCUGAUGAGUUACUCCGAUCCUCAAGGAAAGAUGCUAAACAUUAUAUAGAGUUCUGGAAACAAGUCCCAGCAAAUGAACCUUAUCGUGUCAUACUUGAUGAUGUGAGGAGUAAGCUAUAUAACACUCGUGAACGUUCCCGCAAUAUUCUGUCAAACGGAUCUUCUGACAUUCCUUUGGAGGCAACUUUCACCAAUGUUGAGCAGUUUCUGGAACCCCUUGAGCUCUGUUACAGAUCACUUUGCUCUUGUGGUGAUCGCGUCAUAGCUGAUGGGAGCCUUCUUGACUUCAUGCGGCAAGUAUCGACCUUCGGCCUCUCUCUUGUGAAGCUGGACAUCAGGCAAGAAUCUGACCGCCACACCGACGUCUUGGAUGCCAUUACCACGCACCUAGGGAUUGGCUCAUACCGUGACUGGUCCGAAGAGAAACGCCAAGAAUGGCUAUUAUCUGAACUUCGAGGCAAGCGCCCCCUUUUCGGACCCGACCUUCCUAAAACUGAGGAGAUUGCCGAUGUUUUAGAUACGUUCCAUGUCAUUGCGGAGCUCCCUGCAGACAAUUUCGGGGCCUAUAUAAUCUCAAUGGCAACUGCAACAUCUGAUGUUCUUGCGGUCGAGCUUCUACAACGUGAGUGCAACGUGAAGCAGCCGUUGAGGGUUGUACCGCUGUUCGAGAAGCUUGCGGAUCUUGAGGCAGGACCUGCAGCCAUGGCCCGGCUUUUCUCAAUCGACUGGUACUUAAAUAGGAUUAACCGAAAGCAGGAGGUCAUGAUUGGAUAUUCUGAUUCUGGCAAGGAUGCCGGCCGGCUUUCUGCAGCGUGGCAGUUGUAUAAAGCUCAAGAGGAGCUCGUACAGGUGGCGAAGCAAUAUGGUGUGAAGUUGACGAUGUUCCAUGGGAAAGGUGGGACUGUGGGGAGAGGUGGCGGGCCGACUCAUCUUGCUAUAUUAUCUCAGCCACCGGAAACUAUAAAUGGGUCUCUUCGUGUGACAGUUCAAGGAGAGGUCAUUGAGCAGUCUUUUGGGGAAGAACGUCUUUGCUUUAAAACACUUCAGAGGUACACUGCUGCCACUCUUGAGCAUGGUAUGCGCCCUCCUACUUCCCCGAAGCCAGAAUGGAGGGCAAUCUUGGAUGAGAUCGCUGUUGUGGCCACUGAGGAAUACCGGUCAGUUGUGUUCAAAGAGCCUCGUUUCGUUGAGUACUUCCGUCUGGCUACACCUGAACUAGAAUAUGGCAGGAUGAACAUUGGCAGCCGACCAUCAAAAAGGAAGCCCAGCGGAGGCAUAGAAUCCCUCCGUGCAAUCCCAUGGAUAUUUGCGUGGACACAGACAAGGUUUCACCUUCCCGUGUGGCUUGGCUUCGGUGCAGCAUUCAAACAUAUAUUGCGAAAGGACAGAAGGAAUCUUCGCAUAUUAAAGGAGAUGUACAAUGAGUGGCCAUUUUUCAGAGUCACAUUGGACCUACUUGAGAUGGUUUUCGCCAAGGGAGAUCCAGGAAUAGCUGCUUUAUAUGACAAACUGCUAGUCUCUGAUGAAUUGAAGCCGUUUGGGGAGCAACUGAGAGCCAACUAUGAGGAGACGAAACAGCUUCUUCUUAAGGUUGCAGGCCACACGGAUCUUCUCGAAGGGGACCCUUACUUGAAACAGAGGAUACGCCUGCGUGAGGCCUAUAUAACAACUUUGAACGUCUGCCAAGCUUACACACUGAAGCGGAUUAGAGACCCGAACUUCAAAGUAGAUGUGCGCCCCCCCUUGUCGAAGGAGAUCUUGGAUUCGAACAAGCAGGCCGAACUGGUGAAGCUGAACCCCGCAAGUGAGUACGCCCCCGGACUGGAGGACACCCUCAUCUUGACCAUGAAGGGUAUCGCUGCAGGAUUGAGGAACACUGGUUAGAUCAUUAAAUGUUGGGGUUUUUUUUUUUGUAUAUUACCAGUGAAUGUGUAAUUUCAAUAAGAAAAUGCUGUCUCUGCGAUCGUCCCAGAGAGUGUAUUAUGCAACUUUGCGACUUUCCACUACUUUUAAUUUGUUCUCUAAAGUUGAUGUGUAAUUUUGGCUGGCAGAGUGCUUCUGCAUUGUAAUCUUCUUGAACUAUAAAAUAAUGGGAACUAAUAAUAAACACCAUUCCACAGGUUGGAAUUUGUAUA